AUGGCGAAGCUGCGCGUGGCCUACGAGUACACGGAGGCCGAGGACAAGAGCCUGCGGCUCGGCCUGUUCCUCAUCGUCUCGGGCGUCGUGUCCCUCUUCAUCUUCGGCUUCUGCUGGCUCGGGCCGGCGCUGCAGGGUCUGCGCGCCACGGCGGCCAACUGCACGGUGCUGUCGGUGCAGCAGCUGCGCGAGGAGUUCGAGUGCACCUUCACCUGCGGCUCCGCCUGCAGCGGCACCGCGCACUACCCGUGCGUGCAGGUGUUCGUGCGCGGCCCCGAGGCCAGCUCCCGGGCGCUGCUGCACCCCGACGAGCGCCAGCUGCUCGCCAACCCCAAGUGCUCCUAUAUCCCUCCCUGUAAGAGAGAAAAUCAGAAGAACCUGGAAAGUGUCAUGAAUUGGCAGCAGUACUGGAAAGAAGAGAUCGGUUCCCAGCCAUUUACUUGCUAUUUUAACCAGUUUCAAAGACCGGAUGAUGUGCUCCUGCAUCGCACGCAUGAUGAGAUUGUCCUCCUGCAUUGCUUCCUCUGGCCCCUGGUGACGUUUGUGGUGGGCGUUCUCAUUGUGGUCCUGACCAUCUGUGCCAAGAGCCUGGCCGUCAAGGCGGAAGCCAUGAAGAAGCGCAAGUCCUCGUAGAGGGCAGCGGGCGUGGGGCAGGGAAGCACAGGAGCUGCACUCAUCGCACACAUCUACCUGCAGAGCCUCGUCCCGGUGCGGGAGGUGAAAGUGGCCAUGAGAGGUCUCUGAGAGGCUCCUCCCUCGGUGGCAGCAGGAACAGGCACAACGGGAGGACGUGGCACCUCAUCGAUGUACUCCAUGUGUGGUGGCGAUGGCCAAAGGGUCGAGCUCUUAGCUGUAUGGAGAAACCAUUUCAGAAAAUCCUAUAAGAAGUUAAUUUUCUUUGGAAAGUAAUAGUAUAUAAUGUACAGUGUA